AUGACACCUACCCAGAAACCCCAAUGGGAAACAAGUCCAACCCCCUCGGGCGACGACAUGAUCGACCCGGCGCUGUCAUUAGACAGUACAUCGACAGCUACAACGUCAACCAAGCGCAAGAGAGCAAGCAAGCCUAAGGUUCGAACAGGUUGUAUUACUUGGAUACGGCGCGUAAAAUGCGACGAGACCAAACCGUCGUGCACGCGGUGCACAAGUACAGGACGUAAAUGUGACGGGUACGAUGGCGCGCCGCCGCCACGGCCGAAGAAGCCAGCAUCGUCCUCGCCAGAUCAGCUAGCAACUCCUUUUCCCACACCGACCACCGCAACGGACGGGUAUCCAGGACCGCGGCACGACCCGGCGCGAAAUAGCCCCGCCGCAGCGUACCGGGGAAACCCGGCAUCGCAGAUCCUCCGCCCGCUGGCCGCUGACAUCGAGGGCACGGAAGAGGAGCGGUUGUACUUCCACCGGUUCCGGCAAGCGGCGGAAGCCGGGCUAGCCCUGCACGCGUCCAGCCUCGGGGCGUCGUUCUGGCGCCGCCUGGUGCCGCAGGUAGGCCAUUCGGAUCCGGCGGUGCGGCAUGCGUUGAUCGCGCUGGGAGCCGCGUACGAAAGCAUGCAGCUGCAGCAAGGACAGCAUCAACAAGAGCAGAACUACCAAACGAAACAACCAGCACCGAGGAUAUCCUCGCGAAGCGACAGUCCAGCCGAAAGAUCAUACGUUUCGACACCGCCGCCCGAAGACACCUACCAGUGCGCGGAUCAGUUAGAAUUAUUCAUGAUCCAACAGUAUAACCUAUCGAUUUACCACCUACAACGACACGUGCAGCCGGGGUCGUCAUCCGAAAGCGUCGAGACUACGCUUAUAUGCUGUUUAAUAUUCGUCUGCAUCGAGACGUCCCGCGGCAACGAGGCUGCGGCGUUAGCCCAUGUUGCUAACGGCCUACAGAUCAUUAAGGCUUUGCCGCCAGAUUCGGAAUUUGUGAAUCAUUCGUCGAGUUCCAGCAGACCCAACAACGGAAGCAGAAGCAGCAGUAAUCAGGGGUAUAGUGGUGGUGGUGAUGGAGGUGGUACGGCUAGUGGCCUCCCGCCGCGAAUAUCACGUUCCGACUGGCGACAGCUUCUCGAUUUCUUCCUUACACUCGAACCUAGCACCGCCAAUCAUGAUUUCAGCACCAGCCAGCCAGCAAGUCCGUCAUGUCCGCCCACUGCCACAUGGGAGAAUCCGCCGGAGUGGUAUAGUGAGAUGAUAUCGCAGUGGGAAAUUGAGGCGGCCGAGGGAGAAAUGAGGCAUUGAAUCCUGAUACCAAUAGUAAUCUAGUGAAUUACAUAAAAAGAAUCUACUAAUAUGAUAAAACAAUUGCUACAACUAGCUCUGGGGCAUUGGUUAGUAUGACCUUUUAAGUGCCAGGAAAAGCAUUUUUCUUAGCAUAGGUAGAUUCGUAUCUGCAUCAAGAAGAACCAUCUUAAGGGCUGUAAAACCAUGAGUAAGAAUUUCGAUUUGUAUCAGUCUUGGCGUAAUCCAAUGAUACACUCCCUUAAGGCUCCAAUCAUUAAUACAUUAGUAACGGAUCUCCCCCAAGGUAAAGGCUAGCGAAGCUAUCCGGGGAAGUUAUCGCAACAACGUCAUGUAAGUGCAAGCGAAAUAGAGCUAUAUCCCUUUCCUAAGUCAAAAAACACCCCAUCCCAGCCGCACUCAAAGGGGUAUCUUGCCAACAGAGGAAAAACAAAAGCAUUAACAAAGGUUCUUAAACCCUUCCAAAACCCACAUGCUGCCUCAUCCUAAAACCCGAUCAUAAUCGACCAUUCACGAUCUCUUUCUCAAAGAU